ACAAUCAGACACAGAUACGCUCAGUCAACCAGCGGACCUGUCCACAGCACACUGCCUCUGUCCACUCAGCCGCGAUGAAAAACCUUCAUUUCAAGGAUUUCUUCUGGAACGCUGACCUUACCUGCACUGCUGGCUACGAUGCUAUCAUCCAGUAUCUCAAUGAUGGCAGGCGGACAUGCAAAGAGGUGGAGGACUUCAUGAAAGCCAGGGCAACAAUUGAAGAGAAGUAUGCCAAAGAUCUCCUUAGUUUGUCCAAGAAGGUGUGUGGACACAAUGAGAUGAACACAUUAAAAAGAUCCCUGGAUGUCUUUAAAUUACAGACUGAACAUGUGAGUCUGUCACACUUACAACUGGCCCAGAGCAUGAGGGAGGAGGCCAAGAAAUUGGAAGACUUCAGAGAAAAACAAAAAGAAGCGAAGAAAAAGAUUGAGCAACAUAUGGAUGUUCUCCACAAACAGAAGUCUUCACAGUUCAAGAAGACGAUGGAUUCAAAGAAGACAUAUGAGCAGAAGUGUCGAGAUAAAGAAGAAGCAGACCAGAAUGUGAACCGAAACACCAACACCAACAACACCAAGCACAUGGAGAAGCUCUACUCUAAAGCACAGCAAGCAAAACAGAAUGCAGAAGAAGCAGACAGGUUUUAUCAUCAGAAUGUGACUACAGUGGGAAAGGUUCGAGAUGAAUGGAUGAAGGAGCAUGUUAAAGCCUGUGAGGUGCUUGAGAAGCAGGCAAUGGAGCGUAUUAACUUUCUGAGAAACACAGUCUGGACUCAUCUCAACCAGCUAUCCCAGCAGUGUGUGACCAGUGAUGAGCUGUAUGAGGAAGUGAGGAAAUCACUGGAGCAGUGUGAUGUCCAGGAAGAUAUUGAACACUUUGUGAACCUUAGACGGACCGGUGACAAACCACCAGCUCCGGUGUUGUAUGAGAACUUCUACAGUGGUCAGAGAUCUCUUGCUGCAGCUCCACCCUCUCGAAUGCCUCCGCCAAUCACUAGGAGGGGGCCAUUACCUGAUCCAACACCCAAUAAUAAUACAGUCUACUCAACAGUGCAGGAUGCCGGGUACAGUGUUAUCCAGUACUAACACACAGAUCUGAUGGAGGAGAAGUUAUUGCACAUCCUGUGCAGCACUUGAGCUUUGUACUGGAUACAAAGGUUACACAAGUCUCUUCACUUCCUCCUUUGUGAUUUCCUGUAAUGACAAGGUGUCGCCAGAUGGAAAUGAGUGUCAUAACUGUGUAAAUACAUAUUUUAAGGUGAGGUUGUGUGAUAUUUUAAAUAUAUCACAGUGGUAUAAACAGAAAGGUGAACGCCAUCAUUUUAUUUUUAGGUUCUCAUGUGUAUUUUUUUUUAAAUCAAAACUAAAAUCAGGACUUUAGCUCAGUAUUUUGAAAAAAACAAAACAAACAAAAACCAAACCAUUAGAUGACAUCAGUAUAAAAAGUGACAUCCAGCUACUUAAGAAGUCAUUUCACUGUCCAGAUAAUAGAGCAUAUUUAUUCCAUUGAUAUUAUGUAGAGCUCUUUCCUCUGCAUAAUUGCAUCUUCAUUUAUCUCCUGUUCUGUAUUUAUUUUUGUGGAUCAUAACUUUUUUCAAAGUUUAAAUAGAGAUUCAUAAAAUAAGAUUGCUUGUCUGCUUACUUGUUUUCAAUUCCUCUUUGAUGUGAGAGCAGCAUGUCAGCUGACAGAUCUUGAAAUUGGAGGGUGAAUGCACAAACUCAUUUAUCCACAGUGUACAGUUUAUGAAUUACUGAUCAUUUCUUUCCAUGAAAGUCCUGUUCUUUGUCACUCGCCGUUCAUCCUAACAUUUGGAAAGUCUUGCUAAGUGCAAGAUGUGCUGAACAACAGGCUUGUUUUCUAGAAAAAAAAAAGUUAAGUUUGACAUUCAAGUCACUGAAAUUGAUAUGUGUGAUGAUGACAUACAUUAUUUUCUGAAUACUUGAGGAUUGUUGGAAUUUUUGCACUUUGGUUUUGCUUUAUUUAUGUUAACAUAUCAGUUGUCGGCAUUGCUACAAACUGUGACUUAAGUUUGAAAGAGAGCAAUUAAAUGUGAUUUUACUGUGCAACUGAGCUGGCGCUGGAUUUAUGUAAAGUUACUAUUGUUAUCAGAAUUUUUAAGCAUUAAAGUUUCUCAAUUCAACUUA